AGUGGAUGGAUUCUUGUUUGAAAUUCUAUCGGACUCACACAGGCGUGCGGGAGCUAGCAACAAUGUCAGAGGUAGAUGAGAGAAAAUCCACACAGUUGGAUUCCCUCGAGGCGAGGCUACGAGAACUCGAAAACAAAUACGCUGAUCUCGAGAAACGAUACAAAAGCAAUCCGACAAACGACAAGGGGAAAUACGCUCAAUCAGAGUCCGAUGACACAUCAACUAAUGAGGUAACUCAGCGAUUUCGCAUUCUAGUGAACAGAUACGAUUCGAGCUCAGGCGAGCGAAAAGACUUCGAGCCAAAGGAUUCGGACGCAGCUUCCAAGGACAAACAAUCGACCAAGUAUGCAUGGCAAUUGCGAAAAGUCAUCGAUCAAGACGAAGAGGAUUACAGCGAGAUUGAAAUAUUUGGCAAGCCUCUGCGCGACCUUCUGCAAAGACUUCUCCAUCACUACCCCUAUCACUUAUUCCUCGGGGAUAUUGUGAUACUUGUCUCGCCAUACGAGCCACUGGUGCACAAUUGGUGCCUACUCUACAAAGAGACCGCAAAGGAUGGAGGAGAUGAAAACGAGAAGAUCGCUCGAAACGACCUCAAGGAAAUGAUGGAGACAAUUCGGCAAGGAUCAGGAGAUCCAAAGCUGGAUGAAUACUUCAAGGUCCGAGAGUCUCUCAGGGCGAGUCGCAGCAUCACUUUCUCAAACCUGUGGACGAUUUUUCCUCCAGGUAUGCUUGUGUACGGUCGGCCGUUCAUGAAGCAACCCCAGGUCUUCAUUGUGAUGGAGAAUGAUUUGACGUGGCCAGUAUUCAAUCCCCGCUCACACACACAUAAGACUUGGGAACUAGGAUGUUUCACAUACGACUGGACAGGCCAGAGAUUCAAACGCCGUCUAAUCAAGCUAAGAAUUGACUCCUUUGAGGGCCAAAAGCCGAUCGCCACAUUGCCCAUCCAGCCAUGGGAAGGCAUGGAGAAAGCAAAUGAUAUCAAGAAGCAACUUCUGGAAAGGGGUCGCAUAUUCCGAAAAUACUGCACUCUUCCCAGCGAAAGACGGCUAUUCAAGUAUGCCGGAAAGGCGAUAGUCAACCGCAGUGGUAUCAGAGGUGUCGUUCCUGACAUGGACAGAGAUAUGGACGAUGACACGAUCAUUCGUCGCCGCAAUUAUCUACAUCGCUCCAUUUAUCCAAACGACACGUCAAACACAGAGCCAAAUUAUUCCACGAUUAACAGCGAUGUCAUGAUCGAUUUUGAGUCCUUUUACAAAUACGGGCCUCCCUUUUCCUCAAUCGGAAGCCUACAGGUAGACGACGAAAAAGGAGAGUGCGACUGCUUUGAUUGCCAUAAGAAUCAAGCCCUGCAAGACAACUAUCGAACACGCUACGACGAGAAGACUGGCGAUGAGUGCGAGGAAUGGGAGGAUCUCCAGUUCAUGCUAUGUGCCCCUCGAGUCCUCGGCUACGUCUUGCGCGACAAGACUUGGGCCCAACUAGAUGUAAACCUGGUCAACCCGAUUGCCACGGGGGGAGCCGACGACGCCUUUAUGAACAAGCUCAAACUGGCCGGCCCAGAAAACGGCAGAAAUACAAAGGAGUUGCUCAUGGGACUGGUGAAGAACCAUGGAAUCAGUGAGUCUUCGAAUUGGAGUCAUGGGUAUCAACUGGAUGAUAUUGUCGCCGAUAAAGGGAAAGGGCUGAUUAUACUGCUUUAUGGGCCACCUGGCGUCGGUAAAACUUCUACAGCUCAAACUAUUGCAAUCGCCGCUGGAAAGCCCCUCUUUUCCAUUGGCGUAGCCGAUGUUGGAACGUCGGCCAAGUUGGUUGAAUCGAAUCUUGAGAAAAUAUUCGACCUCGCAACGAGCUGGAAAGCUGUCCUCCUCAUCGACGAAGCGGACGUCUUCCUACAGAGCCGUGCAAGGGGCGAACUUGGACCGACUACAGAGAGAAAUGCACUCGUUUCAGUAUUCCUACGGGUCCUAGAGUACUACCAGGGCAUCAUGAUCUUAACAACGAACCAGAUUUCGCAAUUUGAUGUCGCCGUGCAGUCGAGAAUCCAUAUCGCCAUUCGCUACGAAAAGCUGAAAGAAUAUCAGACGUGGGCCAUAUUCAAAAGCUUCAUGGAGCAAUACGAAGCGAGGGGCCUCGUAGAUCAAUUGGACACCAGGAUGAUUGAAAGAUGGGCGAAAGGGGAGUUACCGAAGAAAAACUUCGAUGGCCGUCAGAUACGCAACAUCGUCACGUCGGCUAUGGGCAUUGCCCGCUCGGCAGAACGCAAGAUGAACCACGAUGAUCUCCUCAACGUGGUAGGCAUUAUGGAGACUUUCAAGUCAGAUCUCGCCUACCAGAUGAUGCAGUACGAAGAUUCCCAGAAAAGUCGUUUUGGUUGAGGUUUCGUCUUACGAGGCUUAAGCCAGUUACGGCGGAAAAUUGCAGCAGAUUCUUUUGUCGGACAGCACCAACCUGCAGUGGACUUACGACGGAGGUUGUUGGACUUUCACGGGCAUCAGUUUGUGAGACUAUAUCGUCACCUAAUGUACGUUACGGACCGAUUGGGCCACUACUCGUCGUACCACACCAGUUUCAGCCCGAGCGCAGGCAUCAUUCACUUUUCUAUGCUUAAAGCCUUCAGUCGUUUGUACUUGGGGAGAUCACAGACGCAUUCAACGACACGCAUUCAACGACAUGCGUUUUUAUGGCGUGCGUUAGUCCGAUAUGUUUCCACACGCGAAUCUGAACGUCUUGCACCAG